UGAUAAAACGCCAUAUCUCAAUGUUUGUUCCUUUGAAGAGUGUUUUUUUUUUUACUUUGUCAGACACGUUUAUUGUGGUGAAAUUACGUACCUACAGUUAAAGUCCCAUUCAAGAGGAAGCCAAAGAAAAACCAACUCCUGGGUGUCAAGAUGGCAGCCACAGAGCGACCGUUGAGCAACCAAGAAUUGUCUGAAGCACUUGCCAAAGAAGCCAAAACAGUUUUCAACCUUUUAUCAAAUUUAAGUGAAGCAAAUUCAAGCCAUCAAACAACUAAUUCCAGAGUACAACUUGAGACAGACGAUGACAUUUUGAUCCUGAAAAAAGACCCCGAUACUAAUCAAAGUUCUAUUAAUAAAAAAGCGUACUUGAAGUUGCAUAGAAGCCUGACGCCUGAGCGAGGAAGUUUUUUUGAUAAAAUAAGGGAAAAAUACGAAAACACUGAUGACGACGCACAAGAUGAUUCAACAACGCAAAUAAUUACCGUAGAAUCACUAAAAAACAAAUACUCGCCGACAGGUUUAGGUUACGUCAAGCCAAACAUUCCACCUAAACUACAACCAUCUCCAAAGCCGAGAAGGUCGAAACUUUCCAAAAGUCAAAUAAUUACUCCAUCUAAAAAAGAACAAACAAAAUUCGCCAGACGAAGCUUGAACAUAGAAAAAAAUAAACAAAAAGAUGUGAAUUCGAAUAACUUAUAUCGAAGCACAGAUAACCUUUCUGAAGAGGAAGACGAAUUUAUUACCAUAAUAACACGAUCGGAUUCUGAAGAAAGCGUUUUGAAAUUCCAAAAAGAAUUAUCCGCUUUCACCAUGGACAAAAAGAAACGUACUAAUAGCUUUCGGAAAAUUUUCUCGGUUUUCGGUAAUAAAGACAAGAAGAAGAAACAAGAAGAGAAAAAUAAAUACCAAAAUAAAGAGAAUGGGGAAACUUACACUGAUAAUUUCCAAAACGAAACCAAUUCUUUUAGCAGGCAGUCACCGUAUAGACACACUACAGGAGGAGAAGCUAACCCUAUAAAAUACAAUAUUAAUAAUGUUAAAAGUGAUCAUAAAGUUCCAAAUGAAUAUGAUGUGGAGCAACUGCAAAAGGAAUAUGCUCAAAUGCAUAUCAACCAAUUCAACCAAUUUAAACAAAAUUUUGAUAAGUCAGAUUCUUUGAGUAAAUUAACGCGUGAGGGAUACACGCCAAUGGACAAACCAAUUUAUAAAAGCAACGAACUCGGCAAUACUUACAUGAACUUGCCUAAUAAAUAUAUUGAUACCAGCUCAAGCGCAGCAAGUACUUUAGAAUCAGAUAGAUCGAAUAUUUAUCAAAAUGGAGUGCUAGCUAAAUCGGCUCAAUCUAGGGAAGAAGAAGUAGAAAUAAGAAAUUAUCCUCAAAACUCUUUCAGGCCUAGUAGAAUUACAGAUAACAGACGAGAUACCCCGCCAAGACUUCUUGAAACCAAACAAGACGUUCGCUUGGUGAAUCCUAAAGCUCUUAUACCCAUCAAUUCUGAAAGACCUUUGCCUAAUCCAUAUCAAAAUGGCACCAGAGAAUCUCCAGUUCAUUCGGUGAGUAAACCAUUAUCACAAAGUACUCCAACAAAUAAUAUAAAUGAGGCUAGUAAACCUUAUUUGGAUGAUACAUAUGGACGAGUAUUCGACAGCAUUGAACAUCCAAGUAGAGAUAGCGAAAAGUUAUCUCGUCCUCCUUCAGUAGAACCCACAAAACUAAGGCUGCCACCUAACAGAGAAAUAGUACCUUUAUCACCACGUAUAAGGUCCCCAAUACCCCCGGACAACGUGAGUACCGAAAAAAUUAUUGCCACUGAAUUGUUGAAACCUAAAAGAUCACCUACACCGACAAAAAAAGGUGCCAAAGAAGAAAUUCCUAGUCAUCAAAGGUUAGAGAUUGAUAUUGAUUAUCCUGAUCACAUCAACUAUGCUAAUAAUCGUAAUAGCUUCGCAAAAAGUAAUGAUAAUCUUAUUUCCAAACCACCAUUUGUUCAAAAACCAGCACCACCAAGACGAUUGCCAGAAACUCAUAUUACAAGCAAUAACUUUUCUAGAAUAAGCUUAGCAUCACGUAGUAGCAACGAAAGCGUUGCCUUAAGACAAAGAUUGAGCCAAACAUCACCGAUAGAUAGUCCAGACCGUAUCAUCACCAAUGCACAAGUUCACACAAAUUCGCCAAUAAAUAGAACACCUACUCCCAAUAACUCUAAUUCAAAUCAAAGCCUCACUUUGUCUCCAAUAAGACCUGCUAUUAGCUCCAACAUGAGACCCGUAACUCCUUCAGGAUCUCAGAUUCCAGAAUCGCCAAAAACAACGCCCCAAAAGGAGGACAUACGGAAAAGCGUCGAGGCUUAUUAUUGGAAAGAAAUUAAGAAGUUGAAGGAUCAAGAAAACUAUGACAUGUACUUGUGGCAGAGCCAAUAUGGAAAUUUGCCACCCUAUGGUUACGUUGAAGAGCCUGCAAAUGUAAGAAGAUCAAGAAGCAUUUCCCCCGCAGCAAAUAGAAAUGGCAGAAGAAGUUUAAGUUUGCCGCGUGAAGUGAAACAAGGCGCUAAUGUUAUUCGAGAAAACUAUUAUCCAAACGCUAUUCCAGAAAACCGAGCAGUUACAAACCGUUUGGAACCAAGGAGUGUCCAGCAGUUGCAAUUUCAGCAAUUGCAACAACAUCAGCAAUUACAACAACAUCAGCAAUUGCAACAGCAACAGCAACAAUAUUUUCAACGGAACACUUUGGAGCGAAGCACUGUAGAUGGUAGUCCUAGAAAAUAUAAUGGUAACUCCCUAUAUCGUCCAAUAUUUAAAAGAGGCAGUUUAAGUACUCCUCCUAGACAAAUGAUCACUGAAGACUCUCUAAAGCGUAAAGUUAGCUUCUCUGGCGCUCAGGAUCAAAAUGUUCAGGCUUGGCCGACGAAAAAUGGUUACACUCAAAGUCCGCCUCAGAGAAGGAUCGAAAAGCUUCAAAGUCAAGGUGACGACGAAGUAUUUUUGCCCCAUUCCGAUCAAUAUCGAUACGUUGAAAUGAAUAAUAUGAAACCCGACCUCCCUAAAGAGGAGAUGUACAGUACGAGACAAAAUGUGAAUGCUAAUGCAGAUCCAAUGUAUGUGUUACGAGCUAAUCAAAACUCUUUGUAUCUCCACCAAAGACAACCAAUGGAAAAUCCUUAUGGACCAGUUGCGAAGCGUGUGACCACCCAGCAAGAAGAUAUGUUAUAUGGACAGCCAAUUGAUGCUGUGAGACAACCACGAACAAUGACGCGUCACGGAUCCAUUCAAAUUCAAGAAGAACUGUAUGGUCAACGUCAAAAUCCUCGUAGAACGACUUAUCAAAAUAACAUUAUGGUAAGACCGAAUGUUCCAGUUUCAAUCGGACAAGAAGUUGAAUAUAUUACAAGGCGCCCAGCAAGUCAACCGUUGAGACGAGAAAUUAUUGUCAAUGAUGACAUUUUUGGCCAAUUUGGAGGGUACAACGGCAACUCUAAUAAUAAUAUAAGAGUUGUCCAACAGCCUCCACCACAAAGUGCCUAUGCGUCCAGACAAAGUAUUGCCGAGUACAAUUCGCGAGUACGCAACGACUAUUAUAGUCGCCUACCGCCAAAGCAUCAAGUGUCUGUGAGCGACAAGGUUUGUGAUAUGUACGGACAAAUUCAUGAUUCUGACCCGAGGUACCAAAAAAGUGGCGUGCUAAUGGGACAACUUCAUCCGAAUCCAGGUAGUCCUGCUGUGGUCCGUAACUCGUACAGUCAACUCGCUGGACGAGAAAAUUUCGCGCGAAAUAGUAGACUCACUGCUAGUGCUAACGAUAUGUACCGAAAAGUGCAAAUGGUGCCACAAGGAUACCAGAACGAAGAUUUGUAUGGUAGAAUAGAGCAAAAUGGUAAUGGAGCUCCUAAUAGGCCUUUACCGCCAGUGCCCCAGAAGAAGGCAGAUUCUUCCUUAAAAAAUGUGGUGCGUAAUAAUAUGAUUUCCGAUACUGAAAGUGGCUCUGAUGCUAGUGAGGUACAACGAAUACUAAAUAAUAAACCAAAACCUAAGAGACGAAGUAUUUUUGGAAAGUGAAGUACAGUGUUGGAAUGAAAAGGAGUUUUUGGAGGAAAUGUGUCAUAAUGGGACAAGAUUCUAGAGGUAUACUCCAAGUUAUUUGAAAACUGUUCAAAAAUGUUCAUGUGCGAAACAUUGAUUUGAUAUUUUUGACCAAUAAUGCAUCAGCAUAGAAAGUGAAAAUCCUGUUGGAAUUUUUUUAAUGCAGAUUGUGCGGAUAAGUAGGUACCAAGUACUUAUUUUGACUUUUUCAAUCUUAUCACUAAAAAUAGGUAUUUGACAUCCUCAUCGAAAAAAUAAUAAUUUUUAUGUGAUCACACCUUGUACUUUCCUAUAAUUUUAGUAAUAAUUGAUAAAAGUGUAAUUUGAAAUUUGACUAUGUAACUGCAUUUUAUUGAAACUUUUUUUUAUCAAGGUAUCAUCAUUAUCAUCAGAAUUAUUCUACUGAUAGGUAUAUUUUUUUUUUGCUGCACGUAAAUUUGCUGUUGAAUUUUCAAAUGAAUGGUUCUUCUUGAUCAUUCCUGUUAGAUCAAAUUAUUGUACAUCAAUAAAUAAUUUUGAUUCACAUUUCGCAACAGUAUUAACUUUACUAUAUUUGUAUAAUAAUUAGUUUAUUUCAAGAUGCUUCCUAAAUGUACUUAUUGCAAUAGGUAGAUUUAUAAUAUAAAAUUACUUGUAUUUAUCUCAAGAAUUGCUUAAGUUUUGAAAAUAUCUACUGCAAUAGAAAAAUUGCAUGUAAGUAUAUUUUUUUUUAUAGUUUGGUAUUGUGAAGGGUUGUUUUUAAAUAUAAAUAAGCCUAGCGUUGUUUUGCAAUUUUGACCAAAUUGCGAUUGGAAAUGAUGAAACAUGCCUAUACGUAGGAUUGCCAAAAUGUUCUGUGUUAUGUUAUUUAGAAAACAUUUAUGUACUUUAUUUUAUAAGCUAUUUAUCAGACCAAUGUCUUAUAAUUUAACUUUGUAUAUAGGUAUACAAAAAGUAUUUUGUACUAUAAUUUCAUAAUAUAUUAUAAUAUGUUGUUAUUUGUUUUAUUUUAGUUUUAGUGAUACAAGGGAUCUUUCAGAUGAAAUAUGAAUAGUUGAGCGUGUAAUUGGACAAUAAAAAUUUCAUGUCUCUGAACAAAAGUUUUUUUAAUUAUUUAAAAAUUUUCACCAUAGUGGGUUAUUUUUGGCAAAUGUA